AACCCAUCGAUAGCCAUAAUUCACGUGACAUCUAUAGGCAGUAGGUGUCAUCACUACCAGCUAGUAGAACUCAUAAUUUCGAAUCGCAAAAUCGUGGGAAAACAAAUUAUAUAAAGCCCCAGGAGCGAGAUGGCUACACGUGUGGUGGCAACAGCGACCGUGCGCGCGGUCAAGGGACGCAAGCUGAUCCCGACGCGGGCCGCUUUGACCCUGACACCCGCGGCAGUGCAACGGAUCAAGACCUUGCUGCAGGAUAAGCCAGAUAUGGUCGGCCUGAAGGUAGGCGUGCGGCAGCGCGGUUGCAAUGGACUUUCCUACACGCUGGACUAUGCCAGCCAGAAAGCAGAUAAGCUGGACGAGGAGGUGAUCCAGGAUGGGGUCAAGGUGUUUAUCGACAAGAAGGCGCAACUCUCGCUGCUGGGCACCGAGAUGGACUUUGUGGAAUCGAAGCUGUCCAGUGAGUUUGUGUUUAACAAUCCCAACAUCAAGGGCACCUGCGGCUGCGGAGAGUCGUUCAGUAUGUAAGCCAGAGAUGGAGAUCCAGAGAGGAGAUCCGCUGGCAACACACCCGCCUCGCAGACACCGUAAAUUAACCAAGUCAAAAUGGAGAUCCCUCGAGACCCCCCUUGUAAAUUCUACUUCGCAAGCGAAUGCUAAAUGUUAAGUUGUGUUUUUUUAGUUAAAUUUUAGUUGUACAAUGCUUAGCGCUAGGUAAGUGACCCGUGGCAGUUGUCCUCUUAGCCCUAGUUCAAUAUAUAGACACGGAAUGUUCUACAAAUGA